UGCUAAAAUCCGGUAAACCGAGUGGUUGUGUAUCGCAUUCUCGUCCCUUUGAACACCCGUACAUACCUCUAAGAUCGCAAUGGCCGUUUUCGAAGGAAAGAAGUACAAGAUGGAGAAGUCGGAGGGAUUCGAUGACUACAUGAAGGCACUCGGUGUCGGCAUUGUGCUGCGCAAGCUUGGCAACAGCAUCUCGCCGACGGUGGAGCUGGUGAAGAACGGCGACGAGUACACGUUCAACACGCUGUCCACCUUCAAGAACACCACCAUCAAGUUCAAGCUCGGCGAGGAGUUCGACGAGGAAACCGUCGAUGGCCGCAUGGUCAAGUCGGUGUGCACCCUCGAGGGCAACAAGCUGAUCCACGAGCAGAAGGGCGAGAAGCCGACCACCAUCGUGCGCGAAUUCACCGCUACCGAUCUGACUGCCACCAUGACCGCCGGAAACGCCAAGUGCGUCCGAUACUACAAGGCCAUCUAAGCCCGAACGGCGGCGUACCGCACCCAAGCAGUGAGAGGGAUCGAUCAUCCAGGACACCGACCGCUUUACCAUCGGGACGAAACAUUUCCAGCAUCAUUUGCAUUUACAUACAGUUGACGGAGAAGGAGGAGGAGCGCGCUUAGUCUUUUUGAAUGAGCGUGUUUUAGAAAACUACAAAAAGUCAUGUGAAACACACGUCACAUCACUGCGACCAACCCCCCGGGGGGGCGGGGGUCAUACAGAAAACAACAGAGGAAGAUAUCACGGUUCGUCCGUGUGCUGUAAUACAUCACCUAGGUCGUUCGAAUUAACCAAUAUGUAGCGAGAAGCAUACGUGUGUAGGGUAUGCGCAAACAUAACAAUAACGAUAAUAUUAUGUUUUCGGUUGUUUACUAUGAUUUAAAAUCAUAAUCAGUUUUGUUUUGUUGCUAAAAACGAAAGACUAAAAAUAAAGAAAGACCAAGCGUUAACGAUUUAUUAUAAAAUUA